AUGUACAACGGAAUAGGCCUUCAGACGUCGAGGGGAUCGGGCACAACCGGACAUAUUCAGACCAACAAGUUCUCCGUGAAGCCAAAACCGAACAGAGCGGCGGCGGCGGCGGAUCCCUCGCCGUCGAUCAUCGAUCAUGUAACUGCCCGGGAACCCAAUAAAGAAAUCCUCGAGCACGAUCGCCAACGCCAGAUUGAGCUGAAACUCCUUAUUCUCGAGGAGAAACUUGUUGAUCAUGGAUACUCUGAGAGCCAAGUUGCUGAAAUGUUACGGGAUGCUCGAAUAAAGCUGGAGGCGGCUGCUUCUACUGCCGGCGAAGAAGAGGCUAGUGCUGCUUCGGUUAUGGCUUCCAAGUAG